CGACACAGUUUACCCAUGGCAGCUCGCAGGAGAGCUACUCCAACUCCAACAAUACAAACAACAACAAUUUCUCAAGAAACUAUGGCUGACCCUCCAAUUUCUCCUCCAAAAUCAGCCUUCAUUCUUAAAUUCUUUUUGUUACUUCUAGCUCCUUACUCUUAUUUCCUCUUCUUCCACUACAAGAUCCACCAUGAUCACAGAAGAUCAAUUCUCAUCAGUUUUGCUCUCAGUCUUGCUGGCUUUUUCUUCACUCUCAGGCUCAUUCCCGUCGCUUCCAGAUAUGUUUUGAGAAGAAAUCUUUUUGGGUUUGAUAUUAAUAAGAAGGGUACCCCUCAGGGUACUGUCAAAGUGCCUGAAUCAUUGGGUAUAGUGAUUGGAAUAGUGUUCCUCGUAUUGGCAAUUUUGUUUCAGUAUUUUAACUUCACAGCAGAUUCCAUUUGGCUUGUUGAGUACAAUGCAGCUUUAGCAUGCAUCUGCUUCAUGACUCUACUUGGAUUUGUGGAUGAUGUCCUUGAUGUUCCCUGGAGAGUGAAAUUACUCCUUCCAUCAAUUGCUGCCCUUCCAUUAUUGAUGGCAUAUGCUGGACAUACAACUAUCAUAAUACCCAAGCCUCUCUCCCCAUAUGUUGGACUUGAGGUGUUAGACCUAGGAUGGAUGUAUAAGCUAUAUAUGGGUCUUUUGGCCGUUUUCUGCACAAAUUCCAUUAACAUUCACGCUGGUUUAAAUGGUCUUGAAGUUGGGCAAACAGUUGUAAUCGCAUCUGCGAUUUUGAUACAUAACAUUAUGCAAAUUGGAGCAUCUGAGGAUCCUGAGUACCAACAGGCCCAUUUAUUCUCUGUUUAUCUUGUUCAACCUUUACUAGCCACCUCCAUGGCUCUACUUUCUUACAACUGGUAUCCUUCUUCAGUUUUUGUCGGAGAUACUUUUACAUACUUUGCUGGGAUGACUAUGGCUGUUGCUGGGAUUUUAGGCCAUUUCAGUGAGACACUCCUGCUUUUCUUUUUACCUCAAGUAAUAAACUUUCUCUUGUCACUUCCCCAGCUUUCUGGCUAUGUCUAUUGCCCCCGGCAUCGCCUGCCUAGGUUCGAUCCUCAGACAGGAUUGCUGACUGGAACUAAUGAUGGAACCCUCGUUAACGUCUAUUUAAGGAUGUUUGGCCGGAAGACUGAAAAGUCCCUUUGCAUUCAUCUUCUUCUUGUUCAGGCUAUUGCAUGCUGCUUCUGUUUCUUGCUGAGGUAUUUACUUGCCGGCUGGUACAAAUGAGCUUACCACAUCAAAAUAUCGCUAAUUUAACGCCACAUUUGCUUUGCUGGGGAUUGAUGGAUUGGUCAUCUAAUUCAUUGUUGUUCAGAGGAAUCAGUUAAUCUUUCAUUAGACAGCAAUUACUUUGCAGAUUGAGAUUUACUACAUCAUGUAAUUUAGCUUUUUUCUUUUUUUUACAUCAUCAUGUAAUUUAGCCUUUUAUAGAAAAUAAAUUUUGUUAGAAUAGAAUCUGUUUUAGCCCUUUUGUUGUGUCGUCAGGUUAUACACAAAGUCAAUCAGAAUUUCAAAUGAUAGGAUCUCUAUUCUCAUCA